GUGCUUUCAUCUUCACGUGCUCACCUUCUUCAUACAUAGUUUCAAUUAGAUGGAAGACGUGAGAACCAAUAACCUUCGACAGUUCCUCUUCUAUAUAAUCAGUGCUUAAACCCCUUCACUGAGACACCUACCAUCCUCAUAUAGAAGUCCCUGCGUCUGCCUAGCUACCUAUUCCAAAUCCAGUCACUUCUCACAAAAGAAACCAAACUUAGCUUCCAUCAACUACUUAGACAAAUUAAGCAAAGAAGGAGAAGAACUUAAGCCAUGGCCACCCCCCAACCCAUCGUCUCAAACAAGACUGCUUGUGUGAUCGGCGGCACCGGCUUCGUGGCGUCUCAGCUGAUCAAGCUCUUGCUAGAGAAGGGCUAUGUCGUCAAAACCACUGCUAGAGACCCUGAUAAUCUGAAGAAGAUCUCCCACCUCACAGCACUACAAGAGUUGGGAAAGCUGACGAUUUUUCGUGGUGAUUUAACCGAUGAAGGGAGCUUCGAUGCUGCUAUAGCAGGUUCUGAUCUUGUUUUCCAUGUUGCCACACCAGUCGACUUUGGCUCACCGGACCCGGAGAAUGACAUGAUCAAGCCAGGAGUCCAAGGAGUACUAAAUGUUCUGAAAUCAUGUGUGAAAGCAAAAACAGUUAAGCGAGUUGUUUUAACAUCAUCAGCAGCUGCAGUAACUGUCAAUACUCUUAGUGGCACAGGCUUGAUUGCGGACGAAAAUGAUUGGUCUGAUGUUGAGUUCUUGACCACUGCCAAGCCACCUACUUGGGGGUAUCCUGUUUCCAAGGUACUAGCUGAGAAGACAGCUUGGAAAUUUGCAGAAGAAAACAACAUUGAUCUCAUCACUGUGAUCCCUUCUCUCAUGGCUGGUGCUUCUCUCACUUCAGACAUCCCCAGCAGUAUAGGCCUCGCCACAUCUUUAAUUACAGGAAAUGAAUUCCUUAUAAAUGGCUUGAAAGGCAUGCAAAUGCUAUCAGGUUCCAUAUCCAUUACACAUGUGGAGGAUGUCUGCCAAGCUCAUAUCUUUUUGGCAGAGAAAGAAUCUGCUUCCGGUCGGUACAUAUGCUGUGCUGAAAAUAGCAGUGUUCCCGAGGUUGCAAAGUUCCUCAGCAAAAGAUAUCCCGGCUACAAAGUCCCGACUGAGUUUGGAGAUUUUCCAUCCAAGGCCAAGACCAUACUCUCUUCAGAAAAGCUUAAGAAGGAGGGGUUCACUUUCAAGUAUGGGAUUGAAGACAUUUAUGACCAAACUGUGGAGUACUUGAAAGUUAAGGGGGUGCUGCAGAGCUAGAACUAGAGACUGGUGGUCUCAGUUCUUUAAAUAUGAUCCUGUUUACAUGGAUCAUAUAUGUAUGCUUUUAUCUAGCUAUGCUCUUGCUUUUCUACUACUGCUACUAGUAGAUAGGGCAUCAUAACAUGCCGAGUACACUCCUACUAGAUAUAGCAUCAUAACAUGCCGAGUACUUCAGCAUGGUGUAUCUGAAUUUUCCUAGUUGAUAAUAAAAUGCAACAUCAACAACAAUCGAACAACA